AUGUCCCUCAAGACGCAUUUCAAAUUCGUGCUCGUCGUCAUUAUCUACUUUGCUCAUAUCUAUUUUCGACGGUUACCGAUUACGCUAUUGCCGCUGAUCAGGGAAGAAAUUGUGCUGACAAGUGAUGAUAUUGGCAUCCUCGUAUCCUCUCAUGCACUUUUAUACACCAUUGGACGCCUUCUAUUCGGAAUGGCUUCGGAUAGAUACUCAAAAGUAGCUCUACUGCUCAUUGGACUCAUCACAUGUGCUGCUUGCUCCAUUGGAUUGGCAUUCUCGAAUCAUUUAUGGCAAAUGCUGAUAGCUAUGAUGCUUCUAGGAAUCGUUCAAGGUGCUGGAUGGGUUCCAGCGACUCUUCUUGUCCAGUCAUGGUACUCGAAAUCCACAUAUGGUACCAUGUUCUCGAUCCUGGCUUGUGGUUCAACUUUCGCUGGAAUCCUCCAACCAUUCUCUAAGAAAUUCUACUGGCGUCAAGUGGAAUUGUACACUGGAGCGGGAAUGCUUCUCUUCUCGGUUGUCUGCUACUUCGCUCUACGGGAGGAUAAUGUAUCCCCGAAGCGAGAGGAAGAGGAAGAAGAAGAGGAAGAUCCAAAUCCAGAGAAACCAAAAAAGAAGGGAGGAUUGAGAACGAUUGUUGGGUCCCUGGUCAUUUGGCAUAUUUCGUUUGUCUAUCUUUUUACUAUGGAGGUAAACGCUUUUCAAAUCACCUAUGAAAUCGGAGGACUUGUUGGAACCAUGGCUUCUGGCAUCGUGAUCGAUUUGGCUACUCGCAAAUUCGAUGUGGAUGCUACUAGACGUGUCAUCGCUGUGUCUUAUACUUGUCUGAUGAUGUUCUCUGCAGCUGGAAUCUUUGAAUUCGCUGAGUUGAGCUCAAUCUUUGGAUUCUUGGCUGGAAUGUUUGUGAACGGAUCGAUCAAUGUCUGGUGUAUGAUUGCAUCUCAAGCUGGAUUCAAGAACAUUCAAGGAACAGUGAGCGCCUUCAUUUCUUUCAUUGCUAGCUCUGGUUCCAUGCUUGCUGGAAGUCCACUGGCUUUCCUCAUCAGCGUCUUCGGAUGGCGAAUCUUCCUCUACAUCUUUGGAAUCCAACUCAUCAUUGUCCUCAUUGUGUCCUCAUUCCGUGUACGUCUUCGUAUGGAUGUUGGAGAAAAAGCUGCUUCCAAUGAAAUUGACGAAGAAGAAGGGUCCGGAGUCUGCAGCACCGUCGUGGAUUCAAAACAAAACUUGACGAGUCUGAAUAAGGAAACCAGGAUUUCCAUGCUGUUCGCUCUCUAUGCUACGAAGAAGAUCAAGCCAUUCAAGGAUAUUUUGUCAUCAUCCAAUAAUAAGGUUUAG